UGGACACAUCUCUCCGCUCGCUCCUGCCGCGGCUCCUCAUACAGUACUGGCAGUCGCCGCCGCAACGAAUGGAGGCGAACGGGUGGAGGAGACAUCACCAAGGAACUGUUUCGCUAUCAAAAUAGCUUUCCGUCGAGCGUGAGGAGGAUUUUAACCCGAGAACACCAGCACGGGGGUUGAAGACAAACCGCACUAUUUUCUUUAAACAAAACAAAACAAAAAACGCUUCCCCCUUUUUUCCCCCUCUCUCCGAACAGAUCGAUCGCCUGUCAUUUAAAAAAAAAAAAAGGGCGUGUGUGUGGUUGUGUGUGUGUGUAUGUGUGUGUGCGGGGUGAAGGCAGAGGCAGCAUUCAUCUUAAUGCUAUUGUAGAUUUUUGCUUUGUUUUUUUUUUUUGUUUUUUUAAAUACCACCGGGGUGUUGAAGGACACGGUCGAGGAUGGGGUGCACGCUGAGCACGGAGGACAAGGCGGCGGUGGAGCGCAGCAAAAUGAUCGACAGGAAUCUGCGGGACGACGGGGAGAAGGCAGCCAGGGAGGUCAAGCUGCUGCUGCUCGGUGCUGGAGAAUCAGGGAAAAGUACGAUUGUCAAGCAGAUGAAGAUCAUCCACGAGGCGGGCUACUCAGAAGAGGAAUGUAAGCAGUACAAGGCCGUGGUGUACAGCAACACCAUCCAGUCCAUCAUCGCCAUCAUCAGAGCCAUGGGGCGCCUCAAGAUCGACUUCGGGGACGCUGCAAGAGCUGACGAUGCACGGCAGCUGUUUGUGCUGGCGGGCUCGGCGGAGGAAGGCUUCAUGACGGGAGAGCUGGCCGGUGUCAUCAAGCGGCUGUGGAAGGACGGAGGUGUUCAAGCCUGCUUCAGCCGCUCCCGCGAAUAUCAGCUCAACGACUCGGCAGCAUACUACCUGAACGACUUGGACAGGAUAUCCCAGGCCACCUACAUCCCGACUCAGCAGGAUGUCCUGAGGACCCGAGUCAAGACCACAGGCAUUGUGGAGACACACUUCACAUUCAAGGACCUGCACUUCAAAAUGUUUGAUGUCGGCGGCCAGCGGUCUGAGAGGAAGAAGUGGAUCCAUUGCUUUGAGGGUGUGACGGCCAUCAUCUUCUGCGUGGCCCUCAGCGACUACGACCUGGUGCUGGCCGAGGACGAGGAGAUGAACCGGAUGCACGAGAGCAUGAAGCUGUUCGACAGCAUCUGCAACAACAAGUGGUUCACAGACACCUCCAUCAUCCUCUUCCUCAACAAGAAGGAUCUGUUUGAGGAGAAGAUCAAGAAGAGUCCUCUCACCAUCUGUUACCCAGAAUACGCCGGCUCCAACACGUACGAGGAAGCAGCUGCCUACAUUCAGUGUCAGUUCGAGGACCUGAACAAGAGGAAGGACACCAAGGAGAUUUACACCCACUUCACCUGCGCCACAGACACCAAGAAUGUGCAGUUUGUGUUUGACGCCGUCACCGACGUCAUCAUCAAGAACAACCUGAAAGACUGUGGUCUCUUCUGAGGAUGAUGAUAAAAGAAGAGGAGAACUUUUAUUCUUGGCAGUGGAGCCAGUUUAUUGUGCAUCUUUUGGUGGGGAAGAUGAGAAGAGUCGGGAGGACCAGUCAAAGGACCAGUGCUGUACUAUAUGCCACUUUUAACAGCUUUAUUUAUGUUUUUUGUCUUGGAACAUUUUGAAACUAGCGUUACCACAUUUGUGUAGGAUGUUUGUUAUCAUUGUAAGAGCGUCACCGCAAAAAAAAAAAAAUCUGCACAUUCUUUUUUUUUUUUAUCAUUUUAAAGAAAGAAAAUUCCUUUUCUGUUUUUAAGUUUUUUUGGAGAAGAUCACGUUUUUGCUGUUCCUUCUGCCGCUGUCUCUGGAAAAAGGUAAAAAAAAAAAAAAAACAACCUUUGCUGUCGGUGGAAAUGCUUCUUUUCUUCCUUCCCUACAACCGAAAGGGAAGAAAAGGGGUACAACUUUGAGUCCAGUUUGUUGGUACUUGUGCCUUCGCAUGCCUUUUUACUGCGGUCUUAGUCCCAAUGCUUGUUCUGUUGCCUGCUGAAUUGUUCUAAACAUAAAGAGGUAAACUGUUUUCAUAUGUUAGUGUCCCUGCUAUCUUAUAUGUGCACACCACUGAGCUAUCAGGAGGAGGAGGAGGAUUUUCCCUCUGGUUUAAAGGCACAUGGGUCUCCAUGGUGACCAACAUGUAGCCUCCACAGCCCCCCACCUCCACCUCCAACCCUUCCCCUAACCGCCAUGACAAUGGAAGGCCUACUGGCCAAUCACACAGUACAAUACUGAGAUGUAUAUUGUUACAUUCACCCCAAAGAUCUGGGGUUCUGGUUUUUAAACACUGUACAAAAUAUCCAUUCAUCCCAACCAUUCAGAAAAAUGGUAAGUCGAGGCUCGAGCUUAUAAUACGCUCACAUGUUUAAAGUACAAAGACCAGACUACCAAAGUAGGCACAUUUUAAUGUAUAUUUUAAUGUAUUUUGGGGGUUAAGGAGAGAAAAACUGAACCACAGAAACGAUGGUUGUAAAGGUUGAGGUUCGCACGUCGUUCUUGGAUCCUGUCGAGUGAUGGUUUGAGAGCAGGGCGGCGCUGCUCGAGGAUCCGAGAACCCUUUUCAUUCGGGGUGAUGGAAACUGAGAUGGUCAAAGGGAGCCUGGUCUGUGAUGUUAGAUCAGUACUACUUUGCCAAGAGGAGAAUUAUAUUACAGUCCUGGAAUCUUGUUCAUGUAAAGAAACUGCCACAACUGUCAAUGUAUGUGUAUGUUCUCCAUGGAUGGAGGAUCUUUGUAGACUCAUCUCCCUUAUUUUGCUAAUAAAAACCAUUUACAAACCAAA